AUGACUGACGCUGAUAAAGCACAGGCUGAUAGUUUGCACUUUUAUGGUAUUAGAACUUGUCAUAUAAUGGGGUUCAUGGUGGCACAAAAAGGAGGUCCGAACAGGGCGGGAUUCACAAAAAAAGAUCUAUAUAACCAUUUUGACAGAUCGAGGCGUGCUAAGAUAAAAGAUGGUGAUGCACAUGCAGCAUUGAGUUACCUAAUUUCUAAGGCAAAUGAAGAUCCACUAUUGCAAGGGAAGUUUACGUUGAAGGAUGGUAAGCUUGAUAAUUUAGUGUGGGCUGAUGGAUCUAGCAUCACUGAUUACCAAUGUUUUGGUGAUGUGUUGGCCUUCGACACGACAUACCAAAAAAAUAAGUAUAAUAGGCCGUUGGUUGUCUUCUCAGGAACAAAUCAUCAUGGACAAACAUGCAUUUUUGGUUGUGGUUUAUUAUCCGAUGAGAAGCGGGAAAUCUAUGUUUUGGUGUUGAAUAUGUUCAUGGAGAUAAUGGGUAAUAAACAACCUAUAGCCGUGGUGACAGAUGGAGAUCUUGCAAUGAGGGAGGCAAUAAAAGAAGUUCUUCCAAACGCUGCACACCGUCUUUGUGCAUGGCAUCUAUACCAGUUUGAGAGAAGAUGGCAUAACUUGAUAUCUGAGUACGGGCUUUUUGAGAAUGAAUGGUUGCAAAAGACAUACGGAAUCAAAGAAAUGUGGGCUUCCUCAUAUUUAAAUGAUAAGUUUUUCGGUGGAAUCAGGACUACGUCACAAUGCGAAGGUAUCCACUCCUUGAUAAAGAAUUACAUUAGUAAAAAGUGCUACCUAUUGGAAUUGAUACACAACUUUAAUGAAGCAUUGACGCAGUAUCGGACAAAUGAACUCUUAUCCGAUUUUAAAUCAUUGUUUACAACUCCUGUGUUGACGACGUGUCUUCAAGACAUGAGAAGCAAGCUGCCGAUAUUUUUACUAGAAGCAUGUUUAAAGAGGUUCGGUGUGAGAUAG